CAUUGUCAUGUGCAGAGAUAAAACAAUGCCGGAACCCCACACUUUUGUCGAGCUUCCGGUAUUUGACGUCUCCCGGCCGUUGAGUCCGUCAUCUCUCUCAUCGCUCUCUCUAGCCUGCACUCAAUGGGGCUUCUUCCGCAUAACCAAUCACGGCGUCCCCAAACAUCUUUUCACAAACCUCUAUUCCCUCUCGAAUCGAAUCUUCAGUCUCCCGAAUGACUCGAAACUUAAGCUCGGUCCGACUUCAUCCUUGAGAAGCUACACCCCUCAUUUCAUCGCUUCCCCAUUCUACGAGAGCCUUCUAGUGUCCGGACCGGACUUCUUUGCAUCUGCACAAAGUUCAGUCGAUGUUCUUUUCGACCACCCGAAUUCCGAGUUCAGUGAGGUAUUGGAUGAAUAUGGGAAGAUAAUGAAGAAGCUAUCGAAGGAGAUAGUGAAAGCUUUGUUGCUAAGCUUGGCGGAAGAUUUGGAGAAGAAAUUUGACGAGUUCGAAUUCGGAAACUGCCAUGGUUAUUUGCGAAUAGGCAACUACAGUUCUCCCGAAGAUGAAGUUGAAGGGCUCGGCAUCCAUACCGACAUGAGCUGUUUAACGAUCGUUCAUCAACACGAAAUUGGAGGGCUUCAAGUGAGAUCGAAGGAAGGGAAGUGGAUGGACAUAAGCCCUUGUGAAGACACACUUGUUGUCAACAUUGGGGACUUGAUGCAUGCAUGGAGCAAUGGGAAAUUAAGGUCGUCUGAACAUAGAGUUGUCUUGAAGAGAAACGUUAAUCGGUUCUCUUUGGCUUUCUUUUGGUGUUUUGAAGAUGAAAAAGUAAUAUUUGCACCUGAUGAAGUUGUCGGGGACAAUGAUUUGAGGAUGUACAAGCCAUUUGUUUGUGCUGAUUAUUUGAAGUUCAGACUAAUCGGUGAAGAGGGCAAGUUUGAGAGGGUUGGAUUUACUGUAAAAGACUUUGCAGGAAACAAUAUUUGA